CCCGCCCCCCCGGCUGGGCCGGACACUAGCGCUGCCUCCCCGGCUCCGUCGUGGCGGCCGGACGUUUCUCCUCCUUCGCGGCGGCGGGAGCCCAGAAUGGCGAGCAGUACGGGAAGUAAUGCAUUCCUUUCCAGCCAGAAAGCUGCAGUCUCAGAAAGUCCUCGAGCAAAGAAAUCCCAGUAUUCUGAAGAAGAGACAUUUUAUGUGAACUGCAGAGCAGCUUAUCUAACUGUUUUUAAAAGCAGCUUAGAAAACAUUAAAUCAAAGGAACAACUCUGUUUAGUACUACAACAGGCUGGGGGAAAUCCAUCUCAGAAGACAGUUAAUAAAUACUGGACUCCCCAGACAACUGCACUGAAUUUUGAUGAUUUUUGUAUUAUCUUAAAAAAAGAAAAACCAGCUACAAAAACAGAUCUGCUCCAAGCAUUCUUAAAAUUAGAUAAAAAUAAUGAUGGAUCUAUUUUGCACGCAGAACUUCAUAAAAUUCUUACAACAAGAGGUGAGAGAAUGACUGCAGAUGAAGUCAAUGCCAUUACUAAAUUGGCUGAUGUAAACAGUGGGGGCAAACUUGACUACAAAAAGUUUUGUAACUUAUAUAUGGCAACCAAUGAGCAGUGUUGCAAAACUGCACUUGAGAAGCUGGAAGUCGACACUAGAGUGAUGCGUCAGCAGUUUGGAAGUCAAGUUGAAAUUUCCACUGAAGGGGCCACCUCACCAAUAUCAAAGCCAUCACCAAGAACUACAAGGAAAAGUGAUCACAAGGCAACACCAAAAAGAGGUGAAAACAGAACCUCUUCAAGACCCUCAUCAGCUCAAGGUUGUAAAGCAUCCAUUUCUUCCACUAUGAGCAUGGGUGCCAGCAGUAACAAAAAUUCAAAGCUAAUUGAGCCAAACACAGUAAAGGAAUGGCAAUGUGCACAGUCCAAAGGAUGUUUUUACUUAGAGGAAGAUGGUACAAUCAUUAGUCAUAGAUAUAGGAUGCACUUACUUCAGAAAUCAACAGUGUGUAUCACCAUUAAACCUUUAAGUCUUAGCCAGUUAGAAGGAAAGCCUUCCCCGUGGUUAUCAGUGGACACAGCUUUGUAUGUUCUGAAGGAAAAUGAAAGCCAAGAAAACCUACAGCUUGUGAGCUUGACUGAUCAGCAAAAUAAAGAGAUGUAUGGGUGGAAAGGAGAACUUGGAUCUGGAUUUUACUGGCUACUUCCAUUCACAACUGGCUGUAGGCUCAAGAAGGUAAAGAAGCAAAUAACUAGAGAAGUGAAACUGGUUUAUAGAGGGGAAGAUGGAGAGUUGGGCCUUACUAAAGAGUUCAGAACAGCUUUAUCAAAUAUAUUUGAAAUGAUUGAUUUAGAUGGAAAUGGCCUACUGAGCUUGGAUGAAUAUAAUUUCUUUGAACUAAGGACUAGUGGUGAGAAAUGUGAUGAGGAAGCCUGGGCUAUAUGCAAGGAGAAUUUUGACACAAAGAAGAAUGAGCUAACAAGGCAGGGCUUUAUGGAUCUGAAUCUCAUGGAGGCUAAUGACCGUGAAGGGGAUCCCAGUGACCUUUGGGUUACUUUAUUGUCCCUGGGCUUCAAUAAAGCAUUGGAAAUGACAGAGGCAUGCCCCUUUGUCAUUGACAUCUAUGCAGAAAAAUGCAAGCCAAGAAUUAAACCUGUUCAUCUAGAGGCAAACAGCGGGCAGCUUAACAAAGCCAUCUGCAAAUCUGUUGUUAACCAAGGAGAAGCCAAAGUAAUGGAUGGAUGUGAAAGUGUUAUUGUCCACACCUACAGAAGUGAGGCCCGGAUCACUUCUGUUAUUGAAAAUAUGUCUGAAAACAAAGUGAUUAUUCACGUCAACAAUGAGCAGAGUAAGAAUUGUAUAAAUAAUAGGGGACUCAACAUUUUUGCAGUAGAAGUGGCACCAAAAUCCAUGAUGGUUUGUCAGCAUGUGAUGCCUUUGAAUGAGCAAGAAGAAUGGAUAUAUAAUUGCACUCAUUCUGUCUUACUUUAAAUAGCUCUGCCUCAGAACUAAUAGAACAAGAACUAAACCAGGAUUUUUUGUGAUGUAGAGACCAAUAGAUUAAUCUUGUUGACUUCAGAACGAAGAUAUGUGCGGAUCAGUUGUUCCAUAUUUGUGCUUUGCUCCCAUGAUUUCGGGCCAAUGAGUCACAAAUCUACUUAUUUACUCUUGACUUCACCCUUGGCUUAUUGGGACUGCAAAGUCUACAGCCAGAAGCACUUCUGAUUUAAGGGAACUAGAAAUAUAAAUAUUUUCAUUUACAUAAAGUGAGUAUCUUUACUCUACUUUUGCUUGUGAAGAAAGUCUUGAGAGUGAGUAGGGAUAAAAUAAUCACCUGGCCUGCAUACUUCUGCAGCAGAUGUGCAUAUACUAUUUUUUAUAUGAAGAAUGAAUCAUUAGUAUCUCAGCUUAUUCUAAAGAAUCAUCUUACUAUACCCUUCCACAAAUACUUAGCAGGCUGUAUGCGUAAUGGUAGAUAGGAGACAUUAAGAAGGACCAGAGUUGCAAGUGACUGGUUCUAAGAUGUGCCUCAAAAACAACAACCCAACAGCCUCUCCUCCUGCCAGCUGGACAAUCUCACAGUUUGCACCUUCCUCUUCCUCCUGUAGCACUAUCCACCUAGAUGUCCCACCACUUACGGAUCUAAUGUCAAAAAGCACACAUUUGUUUUAAACAUCUUACUCACUGGAUGCCAACUUUGAGUUCUCUUCUCUUUUAAAUCAGGCUUUUGGAAAAUCCAGUUUCUUCUUCCACAUCUCUAAAAUCUGUCCCUUACUCUUUCUUUGUGUUACUUUGCCACAGUGACAGGCUUUGGCCUUACCUUUUGCCUUGAUUAAUGUAACUGUCCAUACUCUGCCCUGUAGACAUCAACCUUUCCUCGCCUACCCAAAACACUGCAACCAAAAUAUUUCUCUUUCUCUUUAGAAUACUACCCCCUUGAAUCCCUGGCAUCCAUACAGCUCACAUGGCAUGUACUCUACUCAGUGCUGAGGAUCUCCGUUUUCCUUUUAUACCACCUUUUGUAUAAUAUGCUUUUUUUUUCCUCCUUAAAGUUUCCUUUGUCUCCCUCUCUUAAGAUUGACUUCAUGCAGCUUCCUCUUCCAUGUGUACCAGCUGCCAUCUCUUUCUCUUGUGGCCACCUACUUAAAGCACACACUUAUGCUGGCCUUUUCCCUUUCCCCAUGGAUGACUGGUGCCAUCUUAGACCAGUCAGCAACCAGGGGGGUUCUACCCCCGGCUGAUGU